AUGAAAGAUAUCAAGCGAACAGGGCAAACAAAAGAGCUACUCGGCUCAGAGAUUAAGUCAGAUAGGUUAAAAGGUGUGAAUAGAAGCAGCAAAAGCAGCGACAAACAGUGUAUGAAGCAGCUAGAGUUAAGAAAAUUAUCGAAAAAGAUCUCGAUGGAUUUCAGGAAGGAUUUGGGCCGCCGAGAGCUUCAGAUCCUGGCAUUAUCCGAUAAUCAUUUUCAAGGGAAAUUCAAGUGCCUCCUUGCAUGGGGAAUAAUCGUUCUCAAUCCAUUAAAUCUGAAAUCUGAAAAGUCAAGCUUACAACAUUGCUUUCCGAGCCCCCUUCAUGAGGGUGGGAUAUUUGAAUGGUCUUACCAAACAACCGAAACGAGCUCCCCCGAGCUGUUGUUGAAGAACUUCCCGAAUGCUUUGAGCUUCUUAGCCGAAGGGAAUUCUGGUGGGAAGAAGUGUGGGUUCGGGGGAAUAAUGUUCUCGACUUCCCAUGGGCUCACUUUCUCGGUUUUCGCUGCUAUUUCUUGUUCGUCCCAAGCCACCUGCGAAAUCGAGACAAAAUUGACUAAAUAUACUAUUUGCAAAAUAAAACCUGAAGCAUACGCCAGGGAGAACCUCGCCAGGGCCCUUGAGUCCACCGUCUCCACAUCCAUCCUCACACGGAUUCCCGGCCGCCACCCAACCCACCACGCCGCCUCGACUCUCCCUGCCUCCACCACGAAAUCCGGCAACCCAAUCUUAGGACUGUACACGACCUCGAACUGCAAUCCUCUGGCCGCCUUCCCCAUCUCUGCCAGCGCGCUGCUAACAGAUCUUUCCUCGGAUUCCCACGAGCCGGCGGCGGCCCUCCGGAUCCUGACGAACAGCUCCGUGCGGCCACCGGCCGCCGUCCUCCUCACAAAGACAACGGAGUCGCCGGCGACUAGGCGCUUGGUGUUGACGAACAUGCUCCAACCGGUGGUGCCGGCGUGGGGUCCCCCGGUAGAUGUGCCGGAACCCCCACAAAAUUCCGGCCGCGUCCCUCAUCCGGAGGUUCUGAGCUGGCCGGUCGCCCUCGGAUUCCAGACGCGGGAAGACCCUUUCCGCGCAGGAUCUCGGGAUGGAGAACCCGCCGCCAUUGUUCGCGUCGGAGGGGCUCAGGACCUUCGCGUACGAAGCGAUGGCGUUCCCGCCUACGGCGCCGGAGGCGGGGGUGGCUUCGCCGCUCGAUUUGGGCCGCCAGGCGGAGCCAGCCGAAGUCGGCUGGAGGAGGAUCCUGGCGAGGGGCUGCUCCGUGAGGGGGUGGUAGAGCAGACCGAAGGAGAGGACCCGGCAGGGGAUGAACGGGCGGCCGGGGGCGACCACGGGAUUUUGCGAGGCGGCGGCGGCGGCGAGGCCGUGCUGCUCGAGGUGGCCCUGGGGAAAGUAGUAGACAGCGGAGUUGGGUGGAGGGAUUCGGACGGAGGCGCCGGCGACGGCGAGCCAUACGUCGACGUCGGUUAG